UCCAAUGCUAAACAAAUCCAGGAGAGUUACCAAACUACCCCAAGAGGCCAAGAGGAAGCUAGCAGGAGAGGAGCGAUUAAUUACUAGUUCAUCCGAGGGCAAAAUGGUCACGUCACAAACAAUGUGAUUAGCUUAGCUUAAUUAAUGCGACUCGGCGAUCCUGUCUGUGAUUGCCUUCUCUUCUUCUUCUUCUCCAGCGCUGCUCCCAAACCUCCUCCGAUCCCAGCUCGCAUCCAUCCCAUGGCGCUCUCCGUUUCCGCGCCCGCCUCGUCCUCCUUCCUCCCUUCCUCCCGCCAGGUCGGCGGCAGGUGGAGCUCGCCAGCUAGCUCGGCCAGGCCCGUGGCUUCCAGCCUCCGGAGGCCCGUACUGGCGGCGCGGGCCGCCGCCGGCAACGUGCCCUCUUCCCCUGUGGACCAGGUGGUGACCGAGCUCGAUGUGGUGUCCAGCUUCAGCGAGAUCGUGCCUGACACCGUGGUGUUCGAUGAUUUCGAGAAGUUUGCCCCAACGGCUGCCACGGUGAGCUCCUCGCUGCUGCUUGGGAUCGCGGGCCUCCCGGAUACCAAGUUCAAGAGUGCCAUAGAUACCGCGUUGGCAGAUGGCGAAUGCAACACUAUGGAGAACUCCGGGGACCGGAUGUCCUGUUUCCUCACCAAGGCACUGGGGAACGUUGGAGCUGAGCUGGCUCAUCAAGUCCCUGGGCGGGUUUCGACGGAAAUUGAUUCUCGGUUGGCUUAUGACACCCAAGGAAUUAUUCAGAGGGUGCAUGAGCUGUUGCAGAUAUACAAUGAACAUGAUGUCCCGUCAGAGCGUCUAUUAUUCAAAAUUCCUGCUACAUGGCAAGGCAUAGAAGCCUCAAGGUUGCUUGAAUCUGAAGGAACGCAAACACAUUUGACUUUUGUUUACAGUUUUGCACAAGCAGCAGCUGCAGCUCAAGCUGGUGCAUCCGUUGUACAAAUAUUUGUGGGACGUAUUCGGGACUGGGCAAGGAAUCACUCUGGUGACCCUGAGAUAGAUGAAGCAUUGAGGAAGGGAGAAGAUGCUGGGCUUGCCUUGGUGAAGAAAGUGUAUGCCUACAUUCACAAAAAUGGGUACAGAACAAAGUUGAUGGCCGCUGCUGUACGCAACAAGCAAGAUGUAUUUAGCCUUCUGGGGAUUGAUUACAUCAUCACGCCUCUCAAGAUAUUGCAGUCUCUGGACGAAUCUGUCACAGAUCCUGAUGAAAAGUAUGGUUAUGUCCAGAGGCUUACUCCUUCUCUUGACAAGAUGUACAACUUCAGUGAAGAGGAGCUUCUUAAGUGGGACCAGCUGAGUCUAGCCGCUGCGAUGGGUCCAGCUGCUGAAGAUCUGCUUGCAUCUGGGCUAGAGGGAUAUGCGGACCAGGCUCGCCGUGUUGAGGAGCUCUUCGGGAAGAUCUGGCCACCUCCCAAUGUUUAAAGACGUCCCUUGGCACACCACAAGGCUUUUCUCCUUCCAAACAAAGAGUAAUAACAGCAGCCAAGGAUAGCGGAGACCGGGUUUCGCCCCAAAGAACACUUGGCUCGCCUUUCUGUAGUUCUCUAGCUAGCGAAUCUCAAGAGCCAUAUACAGAACAUGUUUGUUUUUACUGUUCGAAUGUGCUGGGCCGAUCUGAACAACAAUCUGGAUCAUUUUGUGAAAAUCUACUUGCGAUGAUGUCUUCUAUAUACAGUAUUCCAAAAUCAUAUUUUGAAUGGAAAAUGGUGACAAGUGAGAGCGUGUUCAGAUCAAA